CAUGCUGCAACUGCAAGACAAAGCGGUGUCUGCCCCAAUCACUUUCCAACUGCGCUCGGUUUGAAAGUUGGAAACCCUCCACUCCUAGCUACUACACCAGCGCGUGCCUUCACUCUCUCCUCCCUUUUCAAAUUCGCUUUCACACCUUCAACUUCAAGCUCAACUCGAAGCCACUCCACAGAGAGAACCAAGCCCAAAAAAGCUGAGAACUUUGGCACAAAACCAACAAGCCCACCUUCAAAUCACCCCAUAUUCCCCAUUCCCAUGCAGAGAUUCCAUCUGGGUCUCCCUCAUUCACCACCAAUGGACACCAGCACACCCUUCCAAGACCUUCCAGAAGCAUCUCCAAAGCCCUUCUUCAAGAAAACCACACUCACUUCCUUCAUCAUGUCUUCAACACCUUCCUUCAAGGAAGACACCUACUACAUCUCCCACCUCAAAUCCUCCGAGAAAAAAGCCCUCCAAGACCUCAAGAACAAACUCCAAUCUUCUUAUUCUUCCACCCCUUCCAUGUGGGGCGUUCCUUUACUCAACAACAACAACGCCGACAACGCCGACGUCAUCCUCCUCAAGUUCCUCCGAGCCCGUGACUUCAGGGUCCACGACGCCCUCUCCAUGCUCCUCAAGUGCCUCUCAUGGAGGACCGAGUUCGGAGCUGACAACAUUGUCGACGAGGAGCUCGGUGGGUUCAAGGAACUUGAAGGGGUUGUAGCCUAUACCCAUGGCUAUGACAGAGAGGGACACCCCGUGUGCUACAACGCCUAUGGGGUAUUCAAGGAUAGGGAGAUGUACGAGAAUGUUUUCGGGGACGAGGAGAAGCUGAAGAAGUUCUUGCGGUGGAGGGUGCAGGUGCUGGAGAGAGGGGUGAGGAUGCUACACUUCAAGCCCGGUGGGGUUAAUUCGCUCAUUCAGGUUACGGACCUUAAAGACAUGCCCAAGAGGGAGCUAAGAAUUGCUUCUAACCAGAUUCUGUCUCUGUUCCAGGAUAACUAUCCUGAAAUGGUGGCUCGCAAGAUUUUCAUCAAUGUGCCAUGGUACUUCAGUGUGUUGUAUUCAAUGUUCAGUCCGUUUCUGACCCAGAGAACUAAGAGCAAGUUUGUGAUCUCUAAGGAAGGAAAUGCUGCCGAGACACUCUACAAAUUUAUAAGGCCCGAGAAUAUUCCUGUUCGGUAUGGUGGAUUGAGUCGACCAAGCGAUUUGGAGAAUGGUCCCCCAAAACCUGCUUCUGAGUUCACAGUUAAAGGAGGAGAGAUAGUGAACAUACAAAUAGAAGGAAUUGAGAGUGGUGCAACUAUCACUUGGGAUAUUGUGGUGGGAGGUUGGGACUUGGAGUAUAGUGCUGAAUUUGUCCCAAUUGCACAAGGUAGCUACACCUUAGCAGUUGAUAAGGCAAGGAAGAUUGAGGCCACAGAAGAAGCAAUCCAUAACUCUUUCACAUCAAAAGAAGCUGGCAAAAUGGUACUCUCUGUUGAUAACUCUGCCUCAAGGAAGAAAAAAGUUGCUGCUUAUCGCUAUUUUGUGCGCAAAUCCAGCACACCAACACCAUCUGAGGUGCAAUUAAGCCCUAAAUGAUUGUAGGAGCCAUAUAUGACUUUAUAUGCUUUGAAGUUAAUUAUAAGUCUUAACUCUCUUCGGUUAUGAACUUAUGAUUCUGAACUUUGUUUGAGCCAACUUAAAGGUACUUAGUACUAUUGUAUUAGUGUAAUGUAAAAAAAUGAGGGAAAAAAACGUGCUAUAGCAUGGUGAUUUGGUACAUAUGAAAAAGCAAGUGGCUUUGCUUAUUAUAAUACAUUUUACUAUUUGGGCAUGAUGUGGUGAAUUGGUGAUUACUUUUGUCAGAGGGUAUUGUAUUGUUAUUUAGCAUGUGUGGGAAAGUACUUUAGUUUUGUUCCCAGAAGAGAAGUGAAUUGAAUUGAGUGGGGAUGGACCUUUACCUGCCCUUGACGGUUUUGAUUUGAUAUUAUGUUAUGGUCCAUGCAAGAUGAACGGUGAUGAUGGUCCAUUGAAGAGUUCACGGGCUCUGGAACUUGAAAUUGAAUGGUGUAGCAUCUUUCCUUGUCUA